ACAGGGUCAGGAUCUUUUGCGACAAAUCGUAGUCGAAGUUCUGGUACUUGCUGUCGGACAUGUCGUAGAUGAAGACGAGCCCGUGCUUCUGCGUCUCCUUGCUCUCCAGGGCGGCGUCCAGCUGGUGCUGUGUCUGGGCUAGCUCUAUCGACGAGGCAUACUAGACUGGCUGCGAUGAAUAAGCGAAGAGAAGAAGCUCCAGCUCACCGGCGACGUAUACUGACUGUGUGUAUCUACUUGUCUAUACCCAAAGACACGACGACGUCGAGCUUUUAGUGAUGACAGACGAGAUGAAAGGAGAGAGAGAGAGAGCGAGAUGCGUAUACGUAGAGAGAUAAGCUAUAUGUAUAGCCCGACCGGCGGCCGGAUGAGACGCUGAAUGAGUCUACUGAUGAAUUGAUGAUGAAGAACGGCCGGCGCGCGCCCGAGUGCUGCAGGCUAGCCAGCAGUGUCUGGCAUGUCAGUACUGUACUCGUGUCAGUCGAGCGAGCUGCUGCUGCCGCUGGUCAGUUUUAUGCGUUGGGCGGUAGGUAUAUAGCAGCUCACACACGCAGUAGUGUAGCGGAGUCUUCCACCACCGCCGCCGCCGCCGCGAUUACUUGCGCGGAUCCGGUUUCGAAGUCGUCCUCGUAUUAGUCCGCUCGGCCGCGCACAUGACGGCUGUAUUGCACAUAUAUGCACACACUUUUUGUUGUCCGACCGGAUGACAGCUGGCUAAUCUUGGCUUCGCGCGCUCUGUCUCGCUCUCUCUCUCUCCCCGUGAUGUGUUUGCCGAAUACGACGCCGAACAGCCUCCACUGCUGUAGUACUCGCGUCUGAUAUUUAUUAGACAGAGUGAGAGAGAGAGAGAGAAAGAGAGUUUGGCUCUUAUCACGGGAUGAUAAUUGUCGUUGGCGUCCAGUCGGGUACUACACUAGAUUUUCGCAAGAUAUUCUGCGCAUGCGUGGAGGCUUGGUCAAUCGACUGGAUUAAUGACAACUAUUGUCGUCGCAUGACAACGUCGACUGCUGCAGUUUCGUCCGAGCACGCGUAGUGUUAUGGUCGAUUUUGGAGCAAGCAGCUCUGCGAGAUACUUGUAUCAACAAGUUAGGAGUUCGUUUAACGUUGUUGCUGUGAUACACGCGAGUGAAAAAGACUUGACAAUAUGCCGAAAGUCGUCUCGAGGAGCAUAGUCUGCUCCGAUACCAAGGAUCAGGAGGAAUACAGCGAGGAGAAGCCUCUCCAUACGUAUUAUUGCUUGUGCGGACAAAUGACGCUUAUUUUGGAUUGCGCUUUGGAGAAGUUGCCAGUGCGCAAGAGGGAUGGAGCCAGGGUUAUCGAUGGAAGCAAGCAUGCUCACAAGAUGACGAGUGAACAGGACGAGACUACGUACUUAAAGAGGCCAGAGGGUAUUGAAAAGCAGUACAGGCAAAAGUGUAAAAAGUGUGGACUGUUCCUUUAUUACAAACAUGAUUCGUCUCCGAAUGUUGUUUUUAUUGUUAAGGGAGCUGUAGUUAUGAGUUCUGGAGAAGGUCCGAUGACUGAUAUCUAUAAUCAAGUGGAGGUGGAGAAGCCUAAGAAAGUUAUGGUUACCAAACACACAAAGAAUAUGGGUAAAUUUAGUUCAGUCACUGUUUCGACUAUCGAUGAAGAAGAAGAUGAAAUUGAAGCUAGAGAAGUGGCGGAUUCUUAUGCAAACAAUGCCAGAAUUAUUGAGAAACAGUUGGAAAGGAAGGGCAUGAACAAAAGAAAAGCUAUGCCUCCACCACCUCCAGAUGUUAAAAAACCAAGAGGAACCUUGUUAGAUAUUUAAUUCUUUUCGACCAUUUUUGCAAUAUUAGAGUUCUAGGAUUUUUGUAAUUAAAUAAGAAGCUGACAUUUUUUAAACACUGUUCUGAAUUAUUUAUUAACAUUACAUAAAAGUAAAUAUUUAAAAUAUGUAUCGCGAUGACUAGAUAUAAAUAUUGCAUAGAAAUGUACAUUGUAAAAUAUAGAUACAUAAAUUUUGUAAAUAAAUAAAAUAAACUAAAUUAACAAUAAG